AUGGACGAAGAAGUACGUAAGUACGUCGCCGAAUGUCCGAUCUGCCAGACCACGAAGGUUUCGCAGCAACCACCCGCUGGACUGAUGUGCCAACGAACCGUUUAUACGCCUUGGACAGUUGUCGCCGCCGAUUGUAUGGAAUUCCCGGCCAGUAAAAAUCAGUUCAAGAAGGCUGAUGGACCGACGAUCAUUCGAGAAUUUGAUAAAUUAAUUGUGCACCGGCUUCAUUGUCCCGAAGUGUUGUUGACCGACAACGGUACCGAAUUUGUGAAUAAAUUGAUGGAGGAAGUCGCGUGCGCGUAUGGAAUCCAUCAUUCCCGAACACCACCGUACCACGCUCAAGCGAACCCUGUAGAACGCGUCAAUCGAGUCUUGAAGACGAUGAUUAUUUCGUACGUCGAUUUAGAUCACCGGCUUUGGGACGAACAUGUCCACGAAUUUCAUCACGCGUACAAUACCGCUGUUCACAGCUCGUCACACGUAUCUCCGGCGAUGCUGAAUUAUGGCUGGCAACCCAGACCGCCGAAAUACUACCGAAAACUGGUCGAAGGUGACGUAGACAUUCCCUGCCCUGACACAACCACUUGGGAGAACCGUCUGACUCGACUGACUCAACUUCACGACCUGGUAGCCGACAAUUUCGGGCGUAAUUUCGAACGCCAAGUCCGCUAUUAUAAUCGUCAUCAUCGAGAUGAGCGCUUCGCCAUCAGAGGUGUAGUCUGA